AAACAAACUAAGUUAUACGCGAGUGUAGAGGAAGGCAGUAGUAAACCUUGGGUUUGCUUACGUUUGAAUCCCGCCCCUUAUGAUAGGUUUUCAUAAAAACAUAAAUUCGGAUAUUUUCGAAGAAUAUUUUGGUGACAAAAAAAAUCUUCCGACUGCUUCAGCAGUAGUUGUGACGUAUGGAGAAGAGAAGACUUAUCGGCUCGUUAAAUUUGAAAUAAAAUAAGUUGAUAAGAAAGAAAUUGUUACAUAUAUACAUAAGAGGUGACUUUUAAGUUUAUUCAAAAAGUAUUUAUCAAAAAUUAAUGUUGUCCCCUUCAAACGAAGAUUUGAGACCUCGGAUGGGACAAAAGAUUCUUAUUGAUUUGGUCUAUUUCUUUACGGGCAUGAUGAAUUAUUUCUCGAAGUAAAGCAAAACUAGAUUUUUCCCAUUGAGUUGGAAACUAAUAAUAACCUUCCAUUCUUAGAUAUUCUUAUCAAUAGAAAAUCAGACCUAACAGUCAUUGUGUUUACAGAAAACCUACGCACACACACAUACUUCCAAUAGCAAUGAGGCCGAAAGCAACCUACACUUGCCUCUGUGGUCCUUCCUUACAUUCAAAACAUCACUGACCACAGAUCAAAAGUUCUAAAGAAGUAUAACUAACCAAAACCAGAUUUACCACUUAUCCAAAAAUCUCUCAACAUCUUCGGUCCGUCAAAGAUAGAAUUCCGUUUGAGAUGCCAGGAGUUUACAGCAUUCCAUGCAUAUGCGGUAAAAAAUACAUUGGAGAAACUGGACCAAAAAUAUCAACUAGGCUCAAAGAACAGGAAAGAGCCUUACGACUACGACAAAUAAACUAAUAAGCUGUCAGCCGAACACACACAUGAAACCGGACAUAAAAUUUUAUUCGAUAAAACUAAAAUUCUUGCAUGUAAUCAGUUCUUCUACCAACGAAAAAUCCGAGAGUCUAUAGAAAUUUAUAAACAACCUAACAAUCUCAACCGCGACUCAGGUCUUUACCUGUCAGCAAUUUGGGAAUCAGUCAUCCGAGUCAUCAGUCAAGCUCUGAAGAAGCCAACAGGAUGAUUCGCGAAACGUCAGCAAGUUCGAUUCAGCAAAAACAGGCGCAGGAUUAAUCCAGAGGUUUUGUAAAAAGUAAAACUAGAUUUCUCAAGAUUUUGAGCAGAUGAGGUUUUUACAGAAAGGCAAAGCAAGUUGAAAGGCUAUGAUAUACAAUAUGUCUACGGAUGGAGUAGACAAGAGUAGAAAUUGACUAAAAUGCGAACGAUACGGAAAAAAGUCAUUCUUUAUAAAAAAAAAGUUUCUGCUUCUUUAAAUAUAAGGUUCUUUUUUGUACAGGGCACGAAGAAAGUACAAAAAUAUAAAAUUUGCUAAAGGGUGAAGUGGUCUUCUCUACAACUUAAAUACUUAAAUUCAAAACAAUUCGAAAUUUUCAAAUUUCAAUUUAAGAAAAAUGUUGAGAGUCGAAAAUAUUUAUAAUCCAAAAUGAGAGACUCAUUGGGGUUGCAGAAAAUCGCUGUAAUAUUAGAUAAUAAUAAUUUUAUUUAACUAAAACAUUGCCUAUUGAAAUAAGAAAAAAAGAUAGGCGAAUAUAAUUUUAUAUUUCAAAAACUUCUUCUCCUACUUUAAGCAUUUUCUAAAUGACUUUGAAAUUUGCUAAAACUCCUGAUUUUUUUAACAAAAUAGAUUCUACUGCUUCAAAACUUUUUGGUCAUUUUCAAUGGGUCUUUGAUAAUAGGUCAAUUGUCACAAAAUUCGACCAUUGGCUGAUAGCCCGCAACGUCAUACAUAUUGGGAUAAUGGUGGCGUAAAACGAACCAUACCAGAAGCCAAUGUCAAAGAUUUUAAAAACAUAUCACAAUCCGGUCGACCUGGUUUUACUGUUUAUAUGUAACAUAUUUAUCUUGUUUGUACUCUUCCUGAUUUCAAAAAUACGUUUUUGUAUUUAUAAGUGGUCAAUAAACGAUUAUUUAUUUAUAGCGAAUUUAGUCCGUGUAUUUUAUUUAUUAUAUUACCGCCUAGAAUUAAUAUGCACGCAUACAAUAAGAAGAAUCGUUACUAACCAAAAACUAGUAGACCGGAUUCUGUCGUGAGCAUUGCACAUAGCGGUUUCACCUGUGCUGACUCCCGAUAUAGUCCCAUAAAGUUUUGAUAUUGGUUUCAAUUGUGUGGUUUUUGUUUCCUAAGUGUUUUGUGAAGGUUUUAAAGUGUCUAAUCGUUGUCGGCCCUCUUGUUUUCGCCAUCCACGCCGGUUAAAGGCGGGAUGGCCCCGGAUGGACAGAGGAUGGAGCGGGGAAGCCGUUUUUUGCUAUGGGAAUCUGAUGUGGUAAUUAGUCAAAAUGGGAAGCAAGUUUGAAACGCUCCAAGAGGAACUACAACAAUUGGGAUACCAUCAGCGCCUUCAUCCGGAAUGCCUUCUUUUGGUUGAAAAACUUUUGGCUGACCUAAAACUGACCACUGCCAAUUUAGAAAAAUACAUGAAAUUAUCGCAGCGCGCUUUGGAGGAAAGAGAUGCACUGGAAAUAGCAGUUGAGCCUUAUAAAUGUGACAAUGCCAAGCUCAUACAUGAGUGUAAUGAUUUGCAUUUAGCAUUCAUACAUUUUAGAGAACAGCAAGAAAAAAAUCAACAAGAUUUGAAGUCCCAGUUAUCACAUGUGCAGUCCCAUCUUGACAAGUGCCUUUUGGAGAAAAAAAGAUUGAUUAAGCAAAUGCAAGAGAACUCAGAAAGGAGUAGUAGAAAAAAAGGAUUUAUAAAUAAGCAGGGGCAGACGAAUCUGUCAAAGCAAAGCAAGAUAGGUAGUGACCUAGUGACUACCAAAGCAGUCUUUGACGAAAAAAUUGCAGAUCUUAGCACACAGUUGCUGGAAACUAAAGAGAAACAUCACAAACUUGUCGAUGAAGUUCAUCACCUACAAAACAAGGUUAGAGUUAGGGAAGACGAAAUAGCAAGAUUGAAAUCUUUGCUCGAAGGAGGCAGACCGUACAAAAGCGUUAGCGAUGAGUGUUGCUUUAAAAAUGUGGAUACUAAAAUUAGUGUUCUUCAAGAUGAAAUAAGAUCGCUAGAAAAAGAUAAGAAAGAAUUGCAUAUCCAGUUAAAGGAAGCUUUGUCAAAGCAGCACGAAGCGAUGCGCAGGGCAAUUCAUUUGGCGGAGAGGAACAAACAACUUGAGAAGGAAAUGAAAGAUAUUGACGCCAUCGCAUUGGAUGUUGAAGCAAAUUGUAAUAGUACAGUGCAAGACAAUGCCAAAAAAGUGACCAGAUUGCAGGACAGAAUAAACGAGUCUCUGGUGUCCAUACAAAAUUUGCAACGGGAGAAUGCGAAAUUAAAGCAUUUAAAAGUUGAAUUGACGGCUGAUUUGAAUUCGGCGAAAUCGGAAAUAUCACAGAUCAAGAGGCAAUUGAACGAAGAAGCUGAGGAUAAAAAGCGACUGAUGGCUAAAUUAAAAGAUUGCUCUACCAUAGAGCACGACCUAAACAUGGAAAUCGAUAGACUGACAAAGCUGACUGCCCAACAGAGGUUUACGAUAGAAGAGUUGGAAACUCAAGUAACUGGAGACGUUCGAAGUGCUCGAAAGAUGGAGUCUCAUGAUAAUGAAAUGAAGGAAACGGACAAACAACCGAAAUCCAAACCCAGCUCCCGGAAAGUUUCGAAAAAAUCGACAAAGUCAAAAUCGCCCCCGAAAAGUUUGCCUCCUAUCAAAUGCGAAACGGAUCAAAAAUGUUGCUGCGAUCCCGACAAUUGUGUGAAGCAUUUAAAGGAACUCCUGAAUAAGGAGAUGGAAUAUAGGCAAGCGAGUACGUUGCAAUCUGUGGAGUUAUUGAAACAAGAAAAGGACUAUUAUAUGAAAGAGUACCAUAAAGUUCUGGAACAGAUGAAGCCGGAGAAGCCGAAUAAUUGUUCUGAUCUGUUACAAAAGUUAGAAGAGCGAGAGAAGCUUAUUAAACAUCUUCAGAGCGAAGUAACGGAGCUAUCAAAAGAAAAGUCUGCUUUGGUUUCGAAAGAUCCCGGCUUCGAUACAAACGGUUCCUGUAAUAAGCCCUUGUGCAAGAGGAAAGAACGUGAACUUGACAUCCUGAGGCGCGAUCUUCAGCAAGCCGAACUUGAAAGCGCCACCAUAAAAUCCAAGCUGCAGGCGUUAAAUGAAACGACCCUGUUUAAUGAAGAACGAAUGAAGAUAGCCUUUCAGGACAUGGAAGAGCACAUCAGGAAGCUGGAGAAUGAAAGAAGGGACCUGGUGCAGACUGAUGUAACUCAACGAUCCAAUCUGACGCAGCUUGAAGAAAACUACAAAGUGAUCAAAGAGCAGCUACGGACGACUCAAAGCGAGUUGAACAACCAGAGAGCGAACUAUACCCAACUCAAAACACUUCAUGAGCAGACGGAUAAGGCGUUGUCAGAAGCGCAGAAUCAGGUGAUUCGCGCGCAAACCGAAUUGGCAGAGUAUCAAUCGAAGGCCAAAAGUAGUAGUCACGAUACUCAGGCGUACGACAGAGAAAUAAUCAGACUCACCGAGGACGUCCAGAUUAUGAAGAACCAACUCACUCAAAUGGAUAAGGAGAAGGAUGAGUUAUUGAACGCGCUGGAUACGAAAACGGAGAAGAUUGCGUCAUUGGAGAAUCAGCUGAGAACGAAAACUAGUAUCGUGGAACGAUUGGAAGACGAGAUGAAAGAGUUGCGCAGAAAGAUGAGUAAAUACGCAGACGAAACUACGUCCCAAGGUCAGGUGGUGCGUUCCAAACAGCAAGAAUUAGCGAUCCUGGAGCAAAACUACGAAAGGGAGAAGCAACUUAGAGAGGCGGCGCUACUGGAAAACAAGCGACUACAAAAUGAGCUGUCCAGUGUGGCGUGUGAUUGUCGUGAUGCUCGUCACGAAUUAGAACUAAUGAGGCGACAGGUGGACGACUUGAAAAGGCAGUUACAGCAUUAUGUCGCCGAAGUGAAGAGGACGGAGGAUCUCAUCUCGCAAAAGGAAAUAGAAAGGGGCGAACUGUUGGACCAGUUCAAGUGUCUCUCCCAAGAGGCCAACGUGUUGGAGAACACUAACCACACCCUGGAAAAUGAAGCGACCCAGUCGAAAAUUCAGUUGUCGGUGGCUCUCGAUCACACCGCCGAUCUCGAAAAGAAGAUCGAAGAUCAGGAGUCCGCCAUUCGUUGUUACGAGAGACAAAUGACAGAGAUGACCGGUCAAAUUGCCAGUCUGGAAAUGCAGCUGAGACGAAGCGACGCGGAAAAAGAACAAUGCAUCACCGAGCUUAAACAGAUGAGGGACUUGUGCACGAAAUUGGACAAGGAGAAGGACAAUUUCAAGCAGGAUCGGUACAGUAAGGAAGACUAUCAUAUACAGAUAUCGAGGAACGUGGACACGCUCAGAAGUGACAAAGAAGAACUGGCAGCCGCGUUAGAAAAGGAGCGUAAUAAUCUGCAUUCGGUAGAGAAAUUAUUGACAGAAGCAAGACAAGAAAUUAUCGAUCAGAGGCUGCUCAAUCAGGAUCUCCACGGUGAAAUCGAAAAACUGAAACGCGGCAUAAACGAUCUACGCGAAAAAUUACAAACCAAUAGAGAACAAUUGAACCUCUACCAGGAAAAGGCGGCCGAAUAUGGUCGGCAAAAUAACCAACUGCUUAGAGAUUUAGCUAAUGAAAGAUUUUCGAAGUCUCAAUCUGACAAACAAACGUAUCCGUCCUUGUAAAUAUUUCUGGUUUUUAAAUUCAUCGUAUUUCUUGUGUCUCAUAUCAAUGUCAAUAAAUUGCGAUUUUUUUAUUUAUAUCAUUUUAUUAACACCAAUCCAUCCCUUCCUCUAAUGUAAUUAGGAAAUCUGGACCA